UGACGUCACACGGAGCCCUUCCUUCCUGCUCUCUGCUUGCUAGCUUAGCUUCAGCUGUUGUUGGCAGUUCAAGUUUUUUUAUCCUCAGCUAUACCUUACCGAAGUCAGGUCGUAUCCAGGAGCAUUUACAAUAGCCAUAAUAACAACAGCGGCGACAUAUAGUCCAGGUAAUUUAUAUUAGAAAGGCUUACGAACGUCUGGGACAUGGCCAGACAAGAACAAGUCCUCCAGCUUGAGCCACCACACGAACUGACAUUUAGAGGUCCAUUUACAGAUGUUGUCACGGCCACCCUGAAGCUAGGCAACCCAACAGAUAGAAAUGUCUGUUUCAAAGUCAAGACGACCGCGCCCCGUCGAUACUGUGUCCGUCCAAACAGUGGCAUCAUUGACGCAGGCACCUCCGUCAAUGUAUCUGUUAUGCUACAGCCUUUCGACUAUGAUCCCAAUGAAAAGAGCAAACACAAAUUCAUGGUGCAGUCCGUGCUUGCUCCGUAUGACAUGACUGACAUGGAAGGGGUGUGGAAAGAGGCAAAGCCAGAGGAGCUAAUGGACUCCAAGUUGAGAUGUGCAUUUGAGCUGCCGCUAGAGAAUGACAAAAUUCAUGACAGUGAAAGCAACACAAAUGUGUCCUCCGCCCCCGUAAAGCCAGAGCUCUCCUCACUCCCUAAGUCGGCCAGCUCCUCCCUGGAUGACGGGGAGGUGAAGAAGAUCACGGAGGAGUGCAAGAGGCUGCAGAUGGAGGUCCAGAGGUUACGGGAAGAGAACAAACAGAUCAGGGAGGACGAUGGUCUACGGAAGAGGAAAGUCACCUCCAUGGUGUCCUCCCCCCACCCCUCUUCCUCCCAGGCCAUGACGAAGGAGGAGGGCCUAAGUACCCGUGUUCUGGCGCUCUGUGUGCUGUUCUUCGUCAUCGGAGUCAUCAUCGGGAAAUUGGUCCUGUAAACAGCCAGUGGCAGCGUGCUCGGAGGACCGAACAAAACAACAACGGGAUGUAUACUUUUUGUUGUUGUUGCAUAAUGCAACAUCACACGUUUAUUUGAGUAGUGACAUUUUUUAACAUAAAGCGAAGAAGGUAAUCAAGAGUCGUCUUGCCUUUUUAAAAUCACUCUAUUCUCAGUCCUUCCACUCCUACUCGCACAGAUACAGUACCAAUUAUUGUGUGGGGAAGUGGCAACUUUGUGAUCUAUAAGUAGCAAUGUGUUCCAGUAAGGCCAAGGCUUUUCCUACUGCAGGAUUAACGUGACAGUUCUGAUGUUGUGUGAAUGUUUUAAUCAUUGCUUUUUUAAGGGAAGGACACCGUAUGUUGUGAGUCGAGAGGCUGCUUUUGAGUUUUAGCAUGAAUGGGUAAUUAUGUAAAUCCAGUCAUCCAAAAUUAUUCCUUUAUAAAACAGAAAAUGGAUUUAGGAGGUAACUGAAAAUAAAAUGUUAACCAUUGUUUUGUCCCAAAGAGA